UGGACCUUCACUGGACCUUUCCUGUUGCCAACUUGAACUUCAAUCUCGACUUCCUUUCACUGCAGCCUUAAAUUUCUGAUUGUCUUGCAUAUAAGAUCUUUCCCUUACCGCUUCGUCUAAUCUACACACUCUCUCUUGUCUCGUUUCAUCCGUCUGUAUACCUCGAAUCACCCGCAUUCGACGUUCCGCUGCUUCCUCUCCUCAUCAUGCCUCGAAAAGCCAAGUCGAAGCCGCAGCCCGCUCAGGCCUCUGAGCCUGAUGAUAGCGGAAAUCACUCAGAGGGAGGAGAAGAUCUCACUCUAGACGCUCCAUCCCAGAUCGAUCCCUACGCUGUUCUGCAUGUCUCUGAGACUGCUACAUCCGACGAAAUCAAAUCUGCUUACCGCAAACUCGCUCUCAAACACCACCCAGACAAAGCUCUCCCUGAAGAGCGCGAAGACGCACACAAAGCCUUUCAGCAAAUCGCCUUUGCUUAUGCCAUCCUCAGCGACGAGCGCCGACGCAAACGCUACGAUGCCACAGGAAACACGGCUGAGAGCGCCAACAUUGACGACGAUGAUUUCAACUGGGUAGAUUUCUUUCGGGAGCAGACCGAGAACGUGGUAAGAGGUGAUAUGAUUGAGCAAGUCAAGAAGGAAUAUCAAGGCAGCGAAGAAGAGAAAGACGACGUGUUGGCAGCAUAUGAGCAGGGUGAGGGCGAUAUGGACGCAGUCUUUGAGAGUGUCAUGUGCAGUGACGUUGUUGCGGACGAGGACCGGUUCAGAAAGAUCAUUGAUGAGGCUAUCGCCCAAGGCGAGGUGGAGGCAUAUAGUCGGUACACAAAGGAAGACAAGAAAAGUCGGGAACGGAGGAAGGCAAAUGCAAAGAAAGAAGAAGCGGAGGCGAGAGAACUAGCUGAAGAGCUGGGAGUCGCGGAAAAGCUCUUCGGCAAGAAAGGCUCUGGCAAAAAGAAAUCCAAGACAGGAGGGGACGACAAUGAUGCUCUUCAGGCUCUGAUUCAACAGCGUCAGCAGAGCAGGGCUCAGAACUUCUUCGACGAUCUGGAGGCGAAGUACGGGGGUGGCGCGAAGAAGGGCAAGCGUAAGGCCGUGGAUGAACCGCCAGAGGAGUUGUUUCAGAAAAAUGCAAAGAAAGGGAAGAAAGGCGUCAAGGCUUGAUCUGGUCUCCUCAUUUCUGCUUUAGCUGGGCUACAAUUGCUCUUGCACGAGGUGGGUUCUUGAGCACGGCGCUGGGGUAGUCAGGGAGGAACUUUUGCUUGCUUUUGCUCACGACGCCAUGGACGCGAUGACACGGUGAUCCUCUCAAAACAAAGGGCGCAUUGGUUUUUGGCAAAUGUUUACCGGAAUUCUUGGAAAGUCGAGACACGCCUCUGCUGACGGUGGGCUGGUGCAUGAGUCUACGCGGGAAUGUCGCACAAUGAACGUGAGCUGAAUAUUUAGGUAUCACGAUGAACUCUGGUUAUCCUCUGCCGGUAAACUUAGUGCAUGUAACCGGGAAAUGAACCAGCUUGUUGGUGGACGUGAGACUCGCUCGGUUACAAUCUUUUCUGCAUAUCCGUGCAGAAAACAGUCCAUCC